CAUCCUUUCUCCAGCAUACAUAAUUCGAACUUGCCAUUCUCAUCCUACCUAUAUGGUACGCUCGAAAAGCUCUCUGCGCCGUGUACUAUAUAUCAUUCGUAUUUCUUUUCUCGUCUCCAUAAGUUUCUCCAUCUUCGUUGUUCCUGUCUUCCGGUCAAAACACGUCAUGAGAGGGUCGUAUUGUUCAUAUGACAUUGUUUAAAUAAUCCUCCCACGCCUACUUGGACUUUUCUAUGCCCUCGAAUCGCUUUAUUCCUUCUACAACCGAUUAAUAAGUAAUAGUUUAUAUCUUCUUCUGCUUGACUACCUGGGUGGCUCUGCGCUUUGUUCUGUUACCUCCAUAUUUCCUAUUCUGGUACGCGUUGGUAUUUGGAAAGUUUGGUGAAAGUCGGCGCCAACGGGAACGCGCAAAGCACUACGUAUCUCUUAGUGGCGAUUUUCUAUCAAACGCUAUUCCCCCACCUCUUCCGAGUUCCGAACGACAUAAAGCUCCUAGCUAUAUGAGAGGAUGACUAGUAAUCCAGUCUGUCCAAUCGAUGAUCGUGGUCCUUUUUCAACUUUAUCCUUACCAGAAUCCCACAUCCCUAUGAAUUUGUCGCUUCAAACAUUGAGAUGACCCGGAAUCCUUUGAGGAUUACUGUACCUGCUUGGGUAGAGCUAUAUGACGAAGAUGCACACGGACCCAAGCAGGAUAAACAUCUUAAGCCUCCUAGACCAAGCGUCCACCCAGAGCAGAAUAAGGGAAGCCGACCGUUAAGGAGGAGGGUAUCGAAAGAUGGCUAUGUCGACUGGGUUGAUGAAAAACAUGACCGUGUAUCCAAGCUCCCUGUAUUCCUAAGGAAACGAGCCGACAGGCCAGGUCGACGAUGGGAUCAUUUACGCACGGCAGAACCUGUGAUUAUGGGGCUUGGUUACCGAGCACCUAAUGAAGACCCAUAUGAGAGAUGGAGAGAUUUCAUCCAAUCCUCUUCCUACGGCCGGCGUGCUGAUGAUGAAUUCGAGGUGGUACCGUACGCGACUUUGGAACAGCAAAUGCCGGGCCUCGACCAGCCAGUACGGAGUCCAUUUCACCCAUUGGAUCUUAAGACUAAGGGGAGGUCGAGGAAACAAACAUGGUUCAUGCGAAUUUCCAACUUCGUACUGAGACACCCGAUUGCACCACUCAUUUUCCGUCUAAUAGUCCUCAUCACUUCCAUUGCGGCUCUUGCCCUUGCGUGUAAUAUCUUCCAGAGAAAUCAGGAUCCGGAAAUUUCAGUCGAAAAUAUUCCGGAGACGUCACAGGCAACCGUUGCCAUAGUCAUCGAUGUUGUCGCUAUCCCUUAUAUUCUUUAUAUGACCUGGGACGAGUACACAGGGAAACCUUUAGGACUCCGAGCCCCGGCGCAAAAGAUUUCGCUCACACUGCUAGACCUUGUUUUCAUCGUGUUAAAGUCCUCUAGUACGGCGUUGGCGUUUGAAGCAUUGGUGUAUCAUAGUGGCGAUGGGUUAUCAACAGAUUCUAGUUGGGAGGGAAUGGAGGAUGCAUCUCUACAUUUGGCUAGGGGGCUCGCGGCGCUGACGCUAGUAGGGCUGAUCGCCUGGAUUCUGAAUUUCACUAUCAAUGUGUUCAGACUUGCGGAGAAGCUCGGUGGGAUAGAUAAUGUACAUGAAAAAUAAUUCAGACGAGCAGAUGAAUAAAUAUUUCUUAAAACAUAUGAUUAUGGCAUCUCGUCUCGUAAAAGAUAUAUGCAGC